UUGAAAAGCUAGGGUUAUUUUCGUAAGCUCGCACUUCCCCCUUCAAGAUUCACGUCCGGAAAAGGAAAAACAGCGUGAUUUUAAAAUCAAAACCCUCUAUUUCUCUCUCUGCCUGCAAUUCGCUCGUUCUCACUGAGUCACUCACGCACCUUUUUUAAUCUGAAGAAACAAUGUUUGAGGCACAGAGGUUCGGGGAUUUGCAAGAAAAUCCCAAUUUCGGGGACCCUAAAUCGUGGCUUUCUGGGGAGGACAACGACUCGUCCCCGACUCGCCGGCAGAUUCAGUCCUCACUCGCUAACUCUACCGCCACCUCAACGGGUCCGAGCGGCAAUUUGGAUCGGGACCUCUUUAAUGACCUCGUCGAGAUUGUCCCUCUCGUUCAGUCUCUCAUCGAUCGGAAAGCAAGCAGUUCGUUUACGCGGCGGGGUUCCAUGAUCUACACAAAGACGCCCUCAAGAGAAUCCUUAGCUAGAAAGGUAAUUGAAUCAAAAGGGCGGAAUGCAGCUCAAUCCAUACCCACCAAAAAGAGAAGGGACCCUGGAGACAAGGACCAGGGUAUUAACAGUAGUGAUAACCCAGAUGCUGAUAGCUUUUCAGUUUUUUCGUCAAGGGCUUUGGCUGCAGAAAAGGAUAGAGAAGAGUUGGCCAUUUUAAAGGAGCAAGUGGAGGAUCUGAAAAUGAGAUUGUCAGAGAAAGAUGAACUUUUGAAAUCUGCAGAGAUCUCAAAGAAUCAGUUGAAUGCUGUCCAUGCAAAACUCGAUGAACUGAAACACCAGGCUGCAGAGAAAGACUCUUUAAUAAAGUCUACUCAGCUACAACUUUCUGAUGCAAAGAUUAAGCUUGCAGACAAGCAAGCUAUGCUUGAAAAGAUACAGUGGGAAGCAAUGACAUCCAACAGGAAAGUGGAGAAGCUCCAGCAGGAGCUGGACUCUAUGCAAGGAGGAAUUUCAUCUUUUAUGCUUUUGUUUGAAGGCUUGACAAAGAAUGAUUCUGCUACAUAUGCUGAUGAUUAUGACAUAACAUCGAAUUACUUGGAUCAUCUCCCUCAUAUUGAUGAUUUGGAUGAGAUGGAGAUGCGCAGAAUGGAAGAAGCAAGAAAAGCUUAUAUUGCUGCUAUUGCUGCUGCAAAAGAAAAGCAAGAUGAAGAAUCUUUUACUGCUGCUGUCAGUGCAAGGUUAGAUCUUCAAUCAUUUGUUCUGAAGGCCAAAAGUUAAGCCAGAGACGUCUUGAGCUCUUUUGAGUCCUUCCACACUAUCCCCUUGUGUACUACCAAGCAUCCCACCAUUACUUUUUGCUCCCGGUUGUAAAAAAGAUAAAUAUUCUUGUUUUUGGUUUUGUUUUUCCCCCUUCCCCUUGUUUUUUCUCCCCUUCUGUUGCUGGGUUGCUGUUAAUUAUCUUAAUGAUGUAAGGAUAGAACGUUCCACUUAUUUUUCAAAUAUGAAUUAAGUUCUCAGCUUUCAAUGCGAGCUAAUAGAUUAUGUCA